GCACAAACGUUAUACAAUACACAGAUGGAAGAUGUUAUAGACAUAUAGAAGACAACUCAUAAUGUGUCCAUGUGAAACAUGUGUGUCCUUUACAGCCCUAUUGAAUGUGUUAUUUUUUGCGCUAGGAGUGGUCAUGAAGAAGAGGAAACGACCUGACUCCUCCUCUUUGACUUCUGAUGAGUCCUUCCAGCAGCCAAUCAGUGAGCCGUCCGUCAGUUCACAGAUGAGUGCAGCAAAGUCCACACAUCCCAGCUGUGUCUCUCUGAAGAGCGAUGGAUCCAUGUACAUGCCACUCAAUUUUGGUCUUAAAGAGAUACAAAGACAGCAGAGUGAAGAGUCGUCCAGUGCAGAGUGUUUGGAGGAUUUUAGGGAUCCAGUCUUUUUAACCAUUGGACACCAGAGAGAUACUGCGGAAGACACGUUUGUUACAGGGAACAGCCAUCGUUUGAAAGCAAAGAAGAAUCUUAAAGAAACAAUGGAAAAACAAUACACCGUGGCGUACGAAGGCCAUAGUGACCAACAGACUUCUCUGGAAAGCACCUACACAACACUCUACGUCAUCGCUGGAGAGAGUGGAAAUCCACAUGCAGAGCAUGAGUUCAGGCACCUUAAACGUAAAUUGGAACGACGAUCUUUUACAAAUUCAGUCCACCUCUGUGAAAUCUUCAAACGGUCACAUGGCCAAGAGAAACCCCCCAGAACAGUCCUGACGAAGGGCAUUGCAGGAAUUGGAAAAUCAUUUUCUGUGCAGAAAUUCAUUCUUGAUUGGGCCGAGGAGAGAGCUAACCAGGACAUUGAUUUUGUUUUCAAUCUUGCUUUCCGAGAGCUGAAUCUGAGUACAGAAAACAAAAGCUUGAUUGAGCUCCUGACUGAUUAUCACCCUGUGCUCCAUGAUCAGAAAGAUUCAGAAGAUUUCACCAAAGCCAGGGUUAUCGUGAUCCUGGACGGCCUGGAUGAAAGCAGACUUCCACUGGACUUUGAGAACAAGCCGGUAACAUCUGUCAGUGAAGUAACAUCUGUUGGUAAUCUCCUAGUGAACCUCAUCCAGGGAAACCUUCUUCCUGAUGCUAAACUGUGGAUAACAUCCCGUCCGGCAGCUGCCAAUCAGAUCCCUGCAGAGUUUGUUGACAUGGUGACGGAGAUACGAGGGUUCAGUGACCCACAAAAAGAAGAAUACUUCAGGAGGAGAUUCAGUAAUGACUUGAGUCUUGCUGACAGGAUCAUUUCACACAUUCACUCUUCACAGAGUCUCGACGUCAUGUGCCAGAUCCCGAUCUUCUGCUGGAUUUCUGCCGUAUUAUUUCAGGAGAUCUUUGGGGGAGAUGAGAAAGCUGAGACUCCCCAAACUCUCACAGAGAUGAUGGCACAUUUCCUGUUUGUCCAGACAAAACGCAGAAGCAGAAAAUAUGAAAAGAAGACUGAGCAAAACCAAGAGAGACUUCUCAUGACACACAAGGAAUUUCUUCUGAAACUCGGCAAGCUUGCAUUUGUCCAGCUGCAGGAGAACAACCUCAUCUUCUACGAUGAAGACCUGGAAGACUGUGGCAUUGACAUACGAGAGGCAUCCGUCUACUCUGGAUUUUGCAGUGCAGUGUUUAGGGAAGAAAAAGUCUUUUCUCAGAGAAAGAUCUUUUUCUUUGUGCACCUGACCAUACAGGAGUUCUUUGCUGCUCUUUUUGUCUAUGACUGUUUCACAAACAAGAAUACAAAAGAGCUCGGCAACUUCCUCGAUCUGAAGGACAAAGAACAUACCUUACUUGAUCUUCUGAAGAUGACCGUUGACAAAGUGUUGGAGAAAAAGAACAGCCAUCUGGACUUCUUCUUGAGAUUCCUCCUUGGCCUCAUGGUAGAACCCAACCGGAGAGUCCUUCAGGGUCUGCUGACAUCGCCAGACCCAGGCCAAGAUACCCAAAAGAAAAUCCUGACUCACCUCAAAGCCAUCCGAAGAAAGGCCCUCUCUCCAGAUAGUUGUAUCAACCUCUUCCAGACCAUGGUCGAGAUGAGAGACAACAAAGUCAAAAACGAGAUUCAGAAAUAUCUCAAAUCGUCAGAUCGUUUGAAAACAGAGCUGACUCCACUGCACUGCUCUGCGCUGGCCUACAUGCUGCAGGUAUCAAAGAAUGAUCUGGAUGUGUUGGACUUGAAGAGUUACAACACAUCAGAUGAAGGUCGAAGGAGGCUGAUACCAGCUGUGACGACCAGCAGAAAGGUCAUACUUGCAGAUUGCAAAGUGACUGCAGAGUUGGUAGAGCACCUGGCCUUGGCCCUCAGGCACCCCUACUCAGUUCUGAGAGAUCUGGACCUCAGCAACAAUGACUUGACAGAUUCAGGAGUGGAGCUGCUAUGCGAUGGACUACCAAGUCAAUGCUGCAAAUUGGAGACACUGAGGUUGUCAGGUUGUCAGGUAACAAAGGAAGGAUGUGCUUAUCUGGCCUCGGCUCUGGAGUCCAACCCUUCCCAUCUGACAGAGCUGGACCUGAGCUACAACAAUCUGGGAGAAUCAGGAGAGAAGCUGCUCUCUGAGCUGAAGAACGAUCCACAAUACAAGCUCGACAUACUCAACGUUGAACAUGGUGGAAGUCACAGGAUGGAACCAGGCUUUAAGAAAUAUGCCUGUGAGCUCACUUUGGACCCCAACACAGCCCACAAGAACCUCCUUCUCUCUGAAGGGAACAGAAAGGUGACCUGGGUUGAAGACGAGCAGCCGUCCCAUCACCAAGAAAGGUUUGAUUACUGCAAACAGGUACUGUGUGAACAGGAUCUAGAUAAGCGCUGCUACUGGGAGGUCGAGGUGUUCGGACCCUUAAGCAUUGGGGUCACGUACAGACAACCUGCCCAGAAAGGGAAGACGGAUGAGAUGGGAUACAAUGACAAGUCUUGGUGUCUAGUUUGCUCUAAUGAUGGAAAUUACAUUUUGCACAACAACGAGAAAGUAGAUGUGACUUCACUUGGAUGGCGCUCUAGUCGGGUGGGAGUGUAUCUGGAUUGGCCGGCUGGCACUCUGUCAUUCUACAGAGUUUCCUCUGAUAGUCGGACCCGCCUUCAUACCUACAAAACAACGUUCAAUGAGCCCCUCUAUCCCGCUGUUAAACUCGAACACACUCAGUCUUCUGCAUUCUUUUGUCAGCUAAUAUAAUCAACCUUUCAAUGCAUUCACACUAGAGCCAAUACUUUUUGUCAGAAUUGGUUAUUUCCCAUAAAAGGUAUAAACAAAUAGUCGUAUUUGUAGUGUAACAAUGUCCUACUGUCUAAUAGAUUGAAGUUGUAGACUCUCGGGUUUCACUAACUUACAUUUUACAUCCUAGAAGUUUAAAAUGAGGUUACUGU